UUGUCUUUUUUUGCUUUUGCGUUUGGCUUUUACGACUUUGCUUUGUGUGGCGAACGUUAAAAAUCAAGUUGGAAAAGUGCGUUGGCUUUUCGGCUUGGCAAAAACGCAACAAAAGAGAAAUGAUUGGAAAAUGUAAAAUAAUCGCAGCGGCUUAAAUGCAAAAUAUUUAUUGUGUGUUCAUUUACAGCAAGAAAUUAAUAGUGCAAAGUGAAACGAAUAAGAGAAAAGAGAGAAAUAUUACAAAAUUAUAAUCAUACAUACAAAUACAUAUACACAUAUGUACGUAAAUAUUUGUGCUGUGUUCGCCGCAAUUUAAAUGCCAUAAAAAUCAUAAAUUUAAUAUGAAAAAUGUUCGCAGUUUGCACAGUUUUUAUGGCAGCAACCUAUCGUUAUUGUAGUUCUUCUUCUUAUUGUCGUUGUUGAUCUCUAAAGCGGAUUAUUCACAGCGGCGCGCGUUAAAAUACAAACAAAAGCAAACAAAAGCUCCUGUUGGCCAAUAGGACAACGUUUCGCCCAUUCACAUGGCAGCCUCUGCAUAAAUGGCGGUUGGCUGGCAUUAACAUUGAGUGAUUCUUUCGCUGCGGAAAUCUUGCAACAUGUGUGCUUUAAAUAAUAAACGCCAGUCUCUUAAUUGCUGUAAUUCUGCUAAAAGGCAAUGCAGCGCACGAAUGAUAAUUGAAUAGAGGCAUUAAUUGCACUGUGGUUUGUUUGCCAUCGCACACACACACAGAGCAAAAUAGACAGCAACAAGCAUAAAGAGAGAUACACACACAACGGUGGAAGCAGUGGAGGAGAUUUACUGCGUAACACAAGAAGCAUAAUCAAGUGCAUUUGCAAUGCAAACAAAGUCCAGUCUGCGGUCGCCGUUGCUGCUGCUGCUUCUGCUGCAGCUGGCAAUCCAAAUUGCACAGAUCUCGGGCUAUCUAAUUAUUGUGCACGAACAAACACCGCCGGGUGCUGUCAUCUUUAAUGCUUCCGUUUACAAAUUGGGCUCGGAGCGUCAUUACAAAAUCAAUGCGCAUAAAUCGGCCAACUUUGUGCAUCAUCUAGUCGCGGUCAGCCACAAGGAUGGCCAGAUACAGCUAAAGAAAUCGCUUAAAUGCGAUGGCAUCUACUAUCCCAAUCUGUUCACCUUCUACGUGGACUCAACAUCAAAUCGCCUGCGAUCGAUUGACUACUACAGUCUGCCCGUGCGCAUCUUUAUCUCGGGCCAUAGCUGCAAUGAGGACAGACGCAUUGAGCAGGAACUGCAUCAUAUGCAUCACUUCGAGGAGGAGGACAACACGGGAUACUCGAAGCGGAGACGACGACGUCGAGAUUUGCGACAAGAAUUCCUGCAACUCGAUGGCAACCAGUUGGAGCAAGCGUACAGUGAGAACAGUACAGACUUUCGGCCGGGGGAUCUUAUUUUCGGCAACAGUUUUGACAACGAGAUGCGACAUCGCAUCCUUAGUCGUAAGCGUCGUGGCGUCUCCACGGAUCCAUUGCAGUUGCAGCCAGCGUUACACAGACGCAUCACAGAUGCCAAGCAAUGGAUAUCGGAGACUUAUGCCUCGUAUGCCAUCCACACAACAGACAAAUGGAAUCAGAUCUGUUUGCGGAAAUCGCAGUUGAUCAACAAUCUAAGCGCUUUUCUGCCCAAAUCUGUGUGUCAACACUGCAAAGUGAAUUUCCUCGACGUGAAUGAUGAGCGAUUUGCCAUUGAACACCAGAAUCGUGAUCUGGUGGCAAGUCGUGAUGUCUGCAUACACGAAUCAAUGUGGAAAGUGAGCAUCACGUUCAACAUACGGUGCAAUCUUAAUGAUAUUGUGGACUCAGAUCAUCGCCUAAAGAUCGUUUACCAUCAUCAGGAGUUCAAUGACACCGACAUUGCGAAGCGAGUGCGUCGCGAGCUGCGCAAUCAAUCUCCUUACUUUGAACAGGCUUUGUAUGUGGCCUCGGUGCUCGAGGAGCAGCCAGCUGGCGCUGCUGUAACCACAGUGCGUGCUCGUGAUCCUGAGGAUUCACCUGUGGUGUACUCCAUGGUCUCGCUGUUGGAUUCACGCUCGCAGUCGCUGUUCAAGGUGGAUUCUCGCACUGGUGUGGUUACCACUUCGGCCAGUCUGGAUCGCGAACUUAUGGAUGUGCAUUACUUUCGAGUAGUGGCCACAGAUGAUAGCUUUCCGCCACGUAGUGGCACCACAACCCUGCAGGUGAAUGUUCUCGACUGCAACGAUCACAGCCCCACCUUCGAAGCUGAGCAGUUUGAGGCGAGUAUACGCGAGGGCGCCACGGUGGGUUCGACGGUGAUAACGCUGCGUGCCACGGAUCAGGACAUUGGCAAGAACUCGGAAAUUGAGUACGGCAUCGAAGGCGUGACAGAUGGUGUUGGCAAUGCGCAGGACCAGGAGAUGCCCAUCUUUCGCAUCGAUUCACGCUCGGGUGUCAUCUCGACGAGAAGCAGCCUGGACCGCGAGACCUCGGACAGCUAUCACCUGUUAGUAACCGCUUCAGACAUGGCGGCAGCUCAAAGCGAACGCAAGACAGCCACAGCGAGCGUGCUCGUCAAGAUCCUCGACGACAACGACAACUAUCCGCAGUUCAGUGAACGCACCUACACGGUUCAGGUGCCGGAGGAUCAGUGGGGCGACGAUAACAAUGUGGCACAUAUACGCGCAACAGAUGCGGAUCAGGGCAACAAUGCGGCCAUUCGGUAUGCCAUUAUUGGUGGCAACACACAGUCGCAGUUCUCCAUUGAUUCCAUGAGCGGAGACGUUAGUCUGGUCAAGCCUUUGGACUACGAGAGUGUGAGAAGCUAUCGUCUGGUUAUACGCGCACAAGAUGGCGGCAGUCCGUCCAGAAGUAACACCACACAGCUGCUGGUGAACGUGAUCGAUGCCAAUGACAAUGCGCCACGUUUCUACACUUCGCAGUUCCAAGAAAGCGUCCUCGAGAAUGUCCCAGUGGGGUACAACAUCAUUCGGGUGCAGGCCUACGACUCAGAUGAAGGCGCCAAUGCGGAGAUUAGUUACAGCAUUUCGGAGAGGGACGACAACUUUCCGCUCGCUGUUGAUCCACGCACUGGCUGGGUGCAGACCAUCAAGCAACUGGAUCGCGAGGAACAAAGUCGUUUUGCCUUUCAAGUUGUAGCCAAGGAUGGUGGAGUGCCGCCCAAGUCAGCCAGCUCUUCGGUAGUAAUUACGGUGCAGGAUGUGAAUGACAACGAUCCCACCUUUAAUCCCAAGUACUACGAGGCCAAUGUGGGCGAGGAUCAGCCGCCUGGUACGCCAGUAACUACAGUGACAGCCACCGAUCCCGAUGAGGACUCGCGACUGCACUACGAAAUCAGCACCGGGAAUACGCGAGGACGCUUUGCUAUUACCUCGCAGAAUGGCAGGGGUCUCAUCACUAUUGCCCAACCAUUGGACUACAAGCAAGAGAAAAGAUUCCUACUGACGGUGACGGCGACAGAUUCAGGUGGACGUUCCGACACGGCUACUGUGCACAUCAACAUCACGGAUGCAAAUAACUUUGCGCCCAUCUUUGAGAAUGCUCCGUAUAGCGCCUCGGUGUUUGAGGACGCUCCUGUAGGCACCACAGUGCUUGUAGUUUCGGCAACGGACAGUGAUGUGGGCAUCAAUGCGCAGAUCACCUAUUCACUAAAUGAGGAAAGCAUCAAUGGCUUGAGCAGUCCAGAUCCCUUUACCAUCAAUCCACAGACGGGUGCGAUUAUCACAAGUGCAGCGCUGGACAGGGAGACCACAAGUGGUUAUCUUCUCACUGUGACAGCCAAGGAUGGCGGCAAUCCGUCGCUCAGUGACACCACCGACGUUGAAAUCAGCGUAACAGAUGUGAAUGACAACGCUCCGGCUUUUAAAAAUCCUCUCUAUCAAUCCUCUAUACUCGAGGACGCAUUAGUGGGCACCUCGGUGAUACAGGUGUCUGCCAGUGAUCCUGAUAUCGGUCUCAAUGGACGCAUCAAGUAUCUGCUCAGCGAUCGCGAUGUCGAGGAUGGUUCUUUUGUCAUUGAUCCCACUUCGGGCACCAUCAGGACGAAUAAGGGUUUGGAUCGCGAAAGUGUUGCCGUCUAUCAUCUGACAGCCAUUGCUGUAGACAAGGGAUCGCCACCGCUAUCAAGCACUGUGGAGGUGCAGAUACGCCUGGAAGAUGUCAACGACUCCCCGCCCACAUUCGCUUCUGACAAGAUUACACUCUACGUGCCGGAGAACUCUCCAGUUGGAUCUGUGGUGGGUGAGAUACAUGCUCAUGAUCCCGAUGAGGGUGUCAAUGCGGUGGUGCAUUAUUCUAUCAUCGGUGGCGAUGAUUCCAAUUCAUUCUCACUCGUCACACGUCCCGGAUCCGAGCGUGCCCAGCUGCUGACCAUGACGGAAUUGGACUAUGAAUCUUCCCGCAAACGCUUCGAGCUUGUGGUACGAGCAGCGAGUCCUCCGUUACGUAAUGAUGCGCACAUCGAAAUCCUUGUCACUGAUGUUAAUGACAAUGCGCCCGAGUUGCGCGACUUUCAAGUGAUCUUCAACAAUUUCCGCGAUCAUUUUCCAAGUGGAGAAAUCGGACGCAUUCCUGCAUUUGAUGCUGACGUCAGCGAUAAGCUCAACUAUCGCAUACUCUCGGGUAACAAUGCGAAUCUAUUGCGCUUGAACAGCAGCUCGGGUGGCCUGAUACUGAGUCCACAGCUGAAUACGAAUGUGCCCAAAUUUGCCACCAUGGAGGUGUCUGUAUCCGAUGGCAUUAACGAGGCCAAGGCUAUCAUGCAGCUCUCCGUGCGUUUGAUCACCGAAGACAUGUUAUUCAACUCGGUAACAGUGCGACUCAACGAGAUGACCGAGGAGGCAUUUCUCUCUCCGCUGCUGAACUUCUUCCUCGAUGGUUUAGCUGCUAUUAUUCCCUGUCCCAAGGAGAACAUCUUCAUCUUUAGCAUACAAGAUGACACAGACGUCACGUCACGUAUACUUAACGUCAGUUUCUCCGCCAAGCGACCAGAUGUCUCCCAUGAGGAAUAUUAUACGCCACAGUAUCUGCAGGAGCGAGUCUAUCUCAAUCGUGCAAUCCUCGCUAGGUUGGCAACAGUCGAAGUGCUGCCAUUUGAUGACAAUCUCUGCGUGCGUGAGCCUUGCUUGAACUUUGAGGAGUGCCUGACAGUGCUGAAAUUCGGCAAUGCCUCGGAGUUUAUACACAGCGAUACGGUGCUCUUCCGACCAAUUUAUCCAGUCAACACCUUUGCCUGCUCAUGUCCCGAAGGCUUUACGGGAAGCAAAGAGCAUUACCUGUGCGACACUGAAGUGGAUCUCUGCUACUCCGAUCCCUGCCAGAAUGGCGGUAGUUGCGUCCGGCGGGAAGGUGGUUACACCUGCGUUUGUCCCGACACCCACACGGGACCAAAUUGCGAGACGAGCAUUAGCAAGCUGCGACCCUGCAUGUCCGAUGCCUGCGAGGGUGGAUUGUCCUGCAUGCAGAACUAUCUGAGUUCUCAGCCGCCGCCUUAUACUUCGACCUGCGAGCUGCGUUCUCGCUCCUUCUCGCGCAACUCUUUCCUUACUUUCGAGAGUCUCAAACAGCGACACCGCUUUAAUCUCAAGCUGCGCUUUGCCACCGUUCAAGACAAUGGACUUCUGCUCUACAAUGGGCGCUACAAUGAGCUGCAUGACUACAUUGCUCUGGAGUUGCUCGACGGACACAUUGGCUUUUCCUUUUCCCUAGGCGACAGCAGCGAACGUGUGUCUCUGGUUCAACCCAGCAAAGUAUCAGACGGCAAGUGGCAUGAAGUGGAGAUCAUUUACUUCAAUCGUACUGUCACCUUGGUUCUGGACAAGUGUGACACGGCAAUCGCCCUGUCCGGACAGCUAAGCGCGCCUUGGAACUGUGCCAAUCAGACCACACUGAAGCUGGACAAGCGUUGUGCGUUACUUACCGAAACCUGUCAUCGUUUCCUUGAUCUCACUGGACCACUGCAAGUGGGAGGUUUGCCUCGCAUUCCUGCCCACUUUCCGGUGGCCAAUCGUGACUUUGUGGGCUGCAUUUCGGAUCUGCGCAUUGAUGAGCGCUAUGUUGAUCUCAAUUCCUAUGUGGCGGAUAAUGGCACCAUUUCGGGUUGUCCGCAAAAGUCCCCGCUUUGCUCCUCGGAGCCCUGCUUUAAUGGAGGAACCUGUCACGAGGGCUGGAGCACCUACAGCUGCGAGUGUCCCGAAGGUUAUGCGGGCAACAACUGCCAGGACAAUAUACCUGCUCCUUGGCGCUUCUCUGGCGAUGGCAGCCUGAGCUUCAAUCCGCUGCUGCGUCCCAUUCAAUUGCCCUGGCUUACAUCGUUCUCGAUACGCACGCGUCAGGAAGAUGCAUUCAUCAUGCAGAUCCAGAUCGGACAAAACAGCUCAACGGUCAUAUGCCUAAAGCACGGCAUACUCUACUAUAUCUACGACAAUGAACCCAUGUAUCUGGCGGGCGCUUAUCUCUCCGAUGGCGACUGGCAUCGGGUAGAGAUCAAAUGGCAGCAGGGUUCGGAAAUACAGUUCUCCGUGGACUACGGCCAACGUACUGGCUCUGUACCCAUGUCUCAGAAGGUGCAAGGACUUUACGUAGGCAAGAUUGUAAUGGGCAGUGUGGAUGGUACCAUUGGCACUGUACAGGAUGCGGUACCCUUUGAGGGUUGUCUUCAAGAUGUGCGCAUUGGCGCCAGUCAAUCAGUGUUAUCGCGUCCCACUAUUCGCGAGAAUGUUGAGGAUGGCUGCGAGUCAAGGGCACAGUGUCCCAACAGUUGUCCUGCCCACUCGAGCUGUGUCAGCAGCUGGGAUGAAGCAAAAUGCGAAUGUAGCUCUGGAUAUGUAGGAACAGACUGUGCGCCCAUUUGCACUGUGAAACCUUGUGCUGCAGGUGUUUGUCGAGCUAAUGUCAGCCUGUCAAGAGGUUACAGCUGUGAAUGCAACAGCAGCUAUCAGCACGGAGAUUACUGCGAACGCACCUUGCAACAACCUUGCCCAGGAGGAUGGUGGGGCGAAAGGGUUUGCGGUCCCUGCAAGUGCAAUAUCAAGCAAGGCUAUCAUCCGGACUGCAACAAGACGACGGGACAAUGCUACUGCAAGACGAAUCACUACCAGCCUCCCAAUGAAACGGCUUGUUUGGCCUGUGAUUGCUACUCCAUUGGCAGCUUCAACAGUGCCUGCAAUCGACUGACAGGACAAUGUGAGUGCCGCGAGGGCGUCAUUGGCAGGCGCUGUGAUUCUUGCUCCAAUCCCUAUGCAGAGGUCACGCUCAAUGGCUGCGAGGUAGUGUACGAUGCCUGUCCGCGCUCCUUUGCCGCAGGCAUCUGGUGGCCACGCACUCCGCUGGGCAGUGUAACUAUCGAGAAUUGUCCGCUGCCUGCCCGUGGGAAAGGACAACGCAGCUGCGACAGUCAGACGGGCAGCUGGAGCACGCCAGACAUGUACAACUGCACUUCGGAGCCAUUUGUGGAGCUGCGUCGACAACUUUCACAGCUGGAGAAACUGGAGCUGGAGCUGAAUUCGUUUGUAGCCAUCAAAAUGGCCGAGCAACUGCAGCAUGCCUGCGAAACUGUUGAUCGUAGUGCAGUGAGUAAACCACCAGCCCCGAAGCACAACCGAAGAUACAAAAUGGAGUCGUCGUUCCUGCAGAAUGCUGGUGGCGCAGGCGGUGCCGUCUGGUCACAUGAGCUGGAAAUGGACUAUCUGUCCGAUGAACUGAAAUUCUCACACGAUCGACUCUACGGCGCUGAUCUCCUCGUGACCGAGGGUAUACUGCAGGAACUUAUUAACUAUGAGCUCAUGCAGAGUGGUCUCAAUCUGACGCAUAGUCAAGACAAGUACUUCAUCAAGAAUCUGGUGGAUGCUGCUAGCGUGAUACUCGAUCGUAAGUACGAUGCAGAAUGGAAGCGUGCCACAGAGUUGAUACAGCGUGGGCCCGACGACCUCGUGGAUGCUUUCAACAAGUACAUGGUUGUCCUGGCACGUUCCCAGCACGACACCUACACCAAUCCCUUUGAGAUUGUACAGCGGAACAUGGUCCUCGGGUUGGAUAUUGUGACCACCGAAUCGUUGUUUGGCUAUGAACCCGAACAGCUCAGCGAGUACCACAAAGCCAAGUACCUGAAACCGAAUGCCUUUACCACGGAGAGUGUCAUACUGCCCGAUACGAGCGGCUUUCUGCAGCACUCGGCGAAGCAGAAGCCUGUGAUUAGCUUCCCCAAGUACAACAAUUACAUUCUCGAUAAGCACAAGUUCGAUAAAUACACCAAGGUGCUUGUACCCCUUGAGAUGCUGGGCAUAACUCCGCCCGAGAGUGAUGAGGUGACUCAGGGCAGUCGAGGCAAUGAUUAUCGCGCCAUUGUAGCCUAUGCUCAGUACAAGGAUGUGGGACAAUUGCUGCCGGAUCUGUAUGAUGAGACGAUCACUAGGCGUUGGGGCGUAGACGUGGAGCUGGCAACGCCCAUUCUUUCACUGCAAAUACUUGUGCCAUCGGCAGAGAGGGAACAGCAGCGACUGGAGAUUCCCUCACGCAAAAUAUCCUCAGCGGGAGGCAGCUACACUUCCGCAACUGGUUCCUCUUCCUCUUCUUCAACUUCAUCCGCUACGGCUGGUUCUUCUUCCACUACAACUGGCAGCAGUCGGAACCCUUCCAGCACUUUUAACUCUGGCAGCUCGGAGCAACAGUUUGUGGAGGUCUUUGAUGUGCCCAAGGCACCAACUAGCAGCAGCGAGCAACAAAUCGAGGACAUACGCAUCACAGCACACGAGAUUCCUCCACCCGCCUCAGCAGAACAGCAAGAGGCAAACAGCAACGAAGCGAUCGAGGUGGGCGAGCAACCGCAUAUACGUCUUAACCUGGAAGAUAUUGAGUUCCAUGGCAACUCUGGAGAAGAGCUGAGUGGCGACAAUUCCCCCGAGCAGCUAAAUCCUAACUACGAAGGCAAUACGGAUAGCAGCGAGCAGCCUAAGGGCGAGAACGAUGCCAUCUACAGGGAUCGACGUCUGGUCAAGCGGCAAGUGGAAGUUAUCUAUCCCUCGGAGCAGCUGCUGAAGCCAGAGCACAUGGUCUAUCGCUCUCUUGGUUCUCCGCACCUUUCUCAACCGAUCAAACUGCAAAUGUGGCUAGACAUGGAUGCUGCCCGCUUUGGACCACGUUCGAAUCCGCAGUGUGUUCGCUGGAAUUCGUUCACCAAUCAAUGGACCCGCCUUGGGUGCCAGACGGAGAUACCUGACUUUGAUGGCGACUUUGCCACAGUCUCACAAUUGCCCAUUUUGAUCAACUGCAGCUGCACACACAUCUCCAACUAUGCGGUCAUUGUCGACAUCAUCGAUCCCGAGGAUAUUCCCGAGCCAUCGUUGUUGGUGCAGAUCACCUCGUACUCCGCCUUCAUGGUAUCGCUUCCUCUGUUGCUGGGUGUGCUCUUGGCCUUGGCUUUGUUGCGUGGUCAGCAGACAAAUUCGAAUACGAUUCACCAGAAUAUUGUUCUCUGCGUAUUUUGUGCCGAGCUGCUCUUCUUUGUGGGCAUGCAGUCAAGGCGUCACCUGCUUGAGAAUGAGUUUCCCUGCAAGCUGAUUGCCAUCUGUCUGCACUACUUCUGGUUGGCCGCAUUCGCCUGGACCACUGUGGACUGUGUGCAUCUUUAUCGCAUGCUUACGGAGAUGCGAGACAUCAACCACGGCCCCAUGGGCUUCUACUUUGCCAUGGGCUAUGGCGCACCUGCCGUCGUCGUUGGACUUUCGGUUGGUGUUCGGGCCCACGAAUACGGCAACAGUUUGUUCUGUUGGCUGUCAGUCUACGAGCCCGUGGUUUGGUGGCUGGUCGGACCCAUAGCCGGCAUGUCUGUAGUCAAUCUGCUGAUACUCUUUGUCUCAGUGAAAGCCGCCUUUACGCUCAAGGAUCACGUGCUGGGCUUUGGUAAUCUGCGCACCCUGCUCUGGCUUUCGGUGGUUUCCUUGCCCCUCAUGGGUGUAAUGUGGGUGCUGGCCGUGUUAGCUGCCUCGGAGCACUCGCAGUUGUUGAGUCUGCUGCUCUCUGGUGUGGUGCUGUUGCAUGCACUCUUUUGCCUCAUUGGUUACUGCAUCAUCAACAAGCGAGUGCGCGAAAAUCUGCAGAGAACCUGCUUGCGUUGCAUGGGCCGCAAGGUACCACUGCUGGACUCCUCGAUGGUAGUCAGCAACAGUUCGCACAAUGUGAACGGCGCAGCCAGACCAAACAACUUCCUGGCCGGCAACUACGACACAACACGGCGAAAUAUUGGAAUCAGUGCUUCGAGCACCACUUCAAGAAGCACUGCCAAAACUAGCUCUAGUCCCUAUAGCGAUGGCCAGCUGCGUCAAACUUCCACCUCUACCUCGAACUACAAUUCUGCUAGCGAUGCGCCCAGUUUUCUGCGUGGCUUUGAAUCCUCCACAACAGGUCGCAGUCGCGGCGAACGCGAGGAGAAGUCUCGCAGACAGCGCAAGGAUUCCGAUUCAGGUUCAGAGACCGAUGGGCGCUCGCUGGAAUUAGCCUCGAGUCACUCCAGCGACGAUGACGAGUCGAGAACUGCACGCUCCUCGGGCACACAUCGCAGCACAGCGGCGAGUGCCACGCCCGCCUAUUUGCCCAACAUCACAGAGCAUGUGCAGGCCACAACGCCGCCAGAAUUAAAUGUGGUGCAGAGUCCGCAGCUCUUCCCGAGCGUCAACAAACCCGUCUAUGCGCCUCGCUGGUCCAGCCAGCUGCCCGAUGCCUAUUUGCAGUCCCCACCAAACAUUGGACGCUGGUCGCAGGACACGGGCUCUGACAAUGAGCAUGUGCACGGGCAGAAGAUGACCAUCUCACCGAAUCCGUUGCCCAAUCCCGAUCUCACCGAUACCAGCUAUAUGCAGCAGCAUCACAACAAGAUCAACAUGACGCCCUCAAUCCUGGAGAAUAUACGCGAUGCACGCGAUGGCUACGAAGACAGCUUGUACGGACGGCGCAACGAUUAUCCCGAUAAAUAUGGCUCCUAUAAGCCGCCCAGUCACUAUGGCAGCGAGAAGGAUUACCCAGGCGGCAAUGGUGGUGCCAGUGGCUCGCAGACCAUUGGACAUCUACGUAGCUUCCACCCAGAUGCCGCGUACCUCAGCGACAACAUCUACGACAAGCAACGCACCUUGGGUAGCGGCUAUCUGGGCGCCAAGUCGGAGUCACCCUAUCUGUCAAAGGAUCGCAUUACGCCCGACAUCUAUGGCUCACGCGAUGGUCACUACAGCCUGAAACGGCAGCCAGCCUAUGCCACAGAUUCACUGCACUCGGUGCAUUCGCUGCUGAAGAACGACUAUCAACAGCAGCAGCAACAACAACAGCAGCAGGCACAGCAUGCGGAUCGCUUGUCGGAGGGAUCGGACAAGAACGGGUAUCACUUUCCCUACACCGCCGAGGAAGAUCAUCUGCAGCAACAGGCGCGCAAACUGAGCGCCAGUCACCUUAUGCCAAUGCAUCCGCAUGCGGCACUUGUGAACGACAUUAAUAAUCCUGGACUGCUUGCGAGGCACACACUCAAUGGCCAUGGCCUCGUCACGCCCAAUGGCUUGGGAGUCAACGGAGUAGGAGGGGGAGGCGGCAGUUCAAGGCACAGUUCGCGUGCCUCGUCGCCGCCCUCGAAUAUGGUGGCACCCAUGCAACCGCUAGGUCCUUUGGCCAGCAUCACGGACACAGACUCUGAGUUCGACAUUAUUUGGCUGCAUCGCAGGCAACAGAGGCAACAUUAUCCCUGGUCGCUUACAAUAUGGCGGAAUAUUGAUGACGAUGAGACCACAGUGUGACGACUGACGACUGCAAAGCGACAAGUGCAACAUAAACUGCAGCUGCAGAAGCAACUGAGGCAACAACAGCUGGCAACAAAUCAGUUUGCAACCAUCAGACGCAAGCCGCAAUACAAAAGGCAGCCAAAUGUUUAAAAUUAUUAUUUAGUGCUUAACACGCGCAUUGAAAUACUCACACAAAAAAAACGACACACGCACACACACACUCAACGUGUGUGGCAUCAUGUACAUAAGAAAAGAGGAGGAGAGGAGAAUAGAGAAGAGGAGUUGAAAACUUGGACCGUAAUACGAAGCAGUAUACAUCAGAAACAUACGAACUAAUAAGUCUAUAACAUUAAACACAUAUACAUACAAAUAUGAAUAUAUAUAUUUUUGAAUAAGUAUAUUUAAUUAAUUUAAAUGGCAUUUAAAUUAAAAUAAUAAUUUUAUUGAGAAUACUACAUAACGAAAUUUUGCAUUUACUUAGAGCUCUAUGUAUGUACGAUCAUUUCUAUGUAUAAUAUAUAUGUGCUACAAUAAGUACAUCAAUCUAAACUAACUUCAAAUUGUAUUUGUAUUAAAUAAAACUCAGACUGAUUUUAUGCAUUUUUUCGAUUAAAUUACAAAUUACCAUAAAAGUUAAGUAAGCUCAAGACACAACAUACUCACCCACACAUCUCUAUAGAUAUUGUAUUUAAGUCUAGUUUAAAUUCCCAGUGAAUGGCGACGUUAAAACAAACAAAAAAUACAUCCCAAAAUAACAAAUUAAAUUUUUCCUUUGCAAAUUUUAAACUAUUAAACUUGCUACCCUAAUUACGUAUACGCAAUGUAUGUGCUGGGUAACAGUUCGUCUAUAUAUGUAUAUUUUCGAGCUUAUUCAAUUUGCGUUGAUUGAAAUAACAUAACAUAACAAAAGUCAUGUGUGCCUCAUUAUGACUCGUAUCGCACGAGUAGAGCUUAUUAUUAUGCCAAAUUAGUUAAAGUUCAGUUGAGCCCGAAAUGGAAAUCGCCAAAAACUGCACAAAAUGCUAAAUGAAAUGAAAUGAAAUUAUAAUUAAUUUGCAAACGUUGCCAUUUAAUUAGAUAUACACACACAACGCAGAUGAAGCCUGUCGAAAGUUGUACAAUUGAAAGAUGUGUGUGCAACUCGCAUAAAUACCGAACGAAUGAAUCAAAAUCAAUGCAAAAAUUAUAAAUACAAAUAUUGCUAUGAAACAACACAACACAACACAACACAUCACACAAAUACACACACAGAACAUAUCCAAGCAGUAAAUGUCUAUGAAAAUAAUCGGAUAACAUAAUUAAUAGUUGUAGCUAGAACAGUUUUUGUGUUCGCAAUGUGCAACAAUUAUAAAUAAUUUAUUGCUGGCCACAAUGGAUAACUUGGCCAACUUGUAUUCGAAAUAAACAAAAUUUAAGCUGCUUAAAAUAAAGAAAUAAAUAAAUCAAGUACAUUCCAAAGGAUUUGUGGCACUCUGCUCAUGAGCUGGCAAACUAAAAGUAAAAUUAUUAAUAUUUAACUGUAUGUGAAUUGAUAUAUUUAAAUGUAAAUUACGCAAAAUGCAAAUGCAACAAAUUUAAGCAAAUAUUUCGUUAGACAAAUACAAAAAAACGUAUAUGAAUAAAAUGUGUAUAUUAUUAAAUUAAACAAAUGCAAA